AUGGGCACACCCUCGAAAAUCCCGUACUGGCGCCUCGUUUUCGACCAGAAGGUCGUCACGCCGGAGAUUGUCGAUUAUCCCUAUGAUGGCGCCGGCACGGAAGAAUCACCCUACGUGGUCACCUGGAUCCCCAAUGAUCCGCGCAAUCCCAUGAACUUCAAGGAUCUGACCAAAUGGCUCUACACGGUGCAAGUGUCCUUUGUCACGCUGACGGUAGCUCUGGUGUCGUCGGUCUACUCGGGAGGCAUGGGCCAGGUGGUGCUGGAGUUUCAGUGCGAGGAGGAGAUUGCGAUUCUGGGCAUCUCGCUGUUCGUGCUGGGAUUCGCCUUUGGGCCCCUGCUGUGGGCGCCCAUGAGCGAGGUGUUUGGUCGUCGGAACGUCUUCACCAUCACCUUUGCCAUCCUGACAGCCUUUAACGCGGGCGCGGCCGGCGCCCAGAACAUUCAGACGCUGGUCAUUCUUCGGUUUUUUGCCGGCUUCUUUGGGUCGUCGCCCUUUGGCAACUCGGGCGGCACGAUCGCCGACAUGUUCCCAGCGUCCAAGCGCGGCAUCGCCAUCAGCCUGUUCGCGGCGGCGCCCCUCUGCGGACCGACCAUUGGGCCCGUGAUCGGCGGCUUCUUGGGGGCCAGCGCCGGCUGGCGCUGGGUGGAAGGCUUCAUGGCCAUCUUCUCGGGAGUGGUGUGGCUGUCGCUGGUGUUCCUGCUGCCGGAGACCUACGCGCCCGUGCUCCUGCGCCAGCGCGCGGCGCAUUUGUCGCAGCUGAGCGGCCAUGUGUAUCGCAGCAAGCUCGACAUCGAGCGCGGCCGGGUCUCGCUCGGGCAAACGCUCCAGACGGCGCUCUCACGGCCCUGGAUCCUCCUCUUCAAGGAACCCAUCGUCCUCCUCUUCUGCAUCUACAUGGCCAUCAUCUACGGCACCCUGUACAUGCUCUUCGCCGCCUACCCGAUCGUCUUCCAGCAGACUCGCGGCUGGAGCGAAGGCAUCGGCGGCCUGGCCUUUCUGGGGAUCCUGGUCGGGAUGGUGCUGGGCGUCGCCUACACCUUCCCGGACAACAUGACGUACGCCCGGCGCUGCCGCGAAGCCCCCGCCGGCACGCGACUGGCGCCCGAGGUGCGCCUCCCGCCCAGCAUCAUCGGCGGCAUCGCCUUGCCCAUCGGUCUGUUCUGGUUUGCUUGGACCAACUACCCCUCGAUCCACUGGAUGGCCUCGGUGGCCGCGGGCGCGCCUUUUGGGUUUGGCCUGGUGCUUGUCUUCCUCAGCGUGUUCAAUUACCUCAUCGACGCAUACACCAUCUUCGCCGCCUCCGUGCUCGCCGCCAACUCCGCCCUGCGCUCGCUCUUCGGCUUUGCGUUCCCGCUGUUCACCACCUAUAUGUACGACAAUCUCGGGAUCCACUGGGCUUCGUCCAUCCCGGCCUUCCUGGCGGUCGCUUGCAUUCCCUUCCCCGUGAUUUUCUAUUUGUAUGGCGCCCGCAUCCGCAAGCACUGUCCGUACGCGGCGCAGGCGGAGGCUUUUAUGCAGAAAUUGGCGGCUGCGCAGCAGCAGACGCCACCUGCCGCUGGUCCGCAGGAGACGGAGAAGCAGGAUCUGGAGAAAGUGGCCGCUGUUGUCGGUGGAGGGGAAAGUGACGGCGACAGCGACAACGAGAGUCUGUCGAGCAUCCCGUCGCGGACGGCGAUUGAGCGGCGGGCGUCGCGGGCGUCGCGGACCUCGCGCAAGUCGACGCGGUCGUUGGCGCGGACGGUGACGUACGAGGAGAACCCGUAUGAUAUUGAUCGGGUGAAUACCUGCAACUCGACGAGCGGGCGACCGAGGAGGGCUUAG